AUGGAACAGGUGUUCAGCGCAGCCAGCGAGUGGUAUCGUUCCCUACUCUUUCGCAAAGUCCAUGAGAACGGCGCACGUCAGGCUGUGCUUCAUCGACGUCCGGUGCUGGCAACCUUUUGUCUCUCAGAAUCAGGUUGGGAGGAGUUUGGAAAAUGGCUCAACACCAGGCAUCCGUACCAAACGGCGGCCAUGCUGUUCAUGACGGGUUGCAACCCUAGGUCACUCACUAUUCUCAACUCUUGGGGCAGGAAAUGGGACAACGACGGAAGCUUCAAUGUUGAGAGUUAUACAGCCUUGGAGCUAGACAAGUAUCCCAUGAAGUUUUACGAUGUGUAUCGGCUGGAGAGCAAGCUGACUUCUGCGGAGAAACAAGCCUAA